AUGCUGGGGGAUCUGCCCGCCCCCACGGAGGUCCGGGCGGUGGCCGUGCAGGGCCAGGCUCUCUGGGUUACCUGGGACCCCAGCGAGGACCGGCUGGAGCCCCUGGAGUACCUGGUGGAGGGGGCGGAGGAGUGCGGCAGCGCCAAGGCGGCCACGCUGCGCUGGGUGCGCAGCCCAGCUGGCACCCGCAGCACCCGGCUGACAGGUGACUUCAGACCCCGGGUGCCGUACCAGGUGCGAGUUUACGGGCUGUACCCCCAGGGCUUUGGCGCCUCGGCCCCCGUCCGAGCCUACACUCAGGAGGGAGUGCCAUCGGCAGGGCCUCAGGGCCUGCAGGAUCGGAGCAUCUCCAAGGAGGCAUCCGUCAUCUCGUGGGAGGCGAUCCCCCUGGCGCAGCGCAACGGGCACCUCGCCCACUACACCCUCUACCUCGCCGCGCCCACAGGGAGCCCCCGGGCCUCCAGACCCAGUAAGUGCCAGCCGUGGGGCUGCUGGAGUUGGGGCUGGGGGCUGUCUGAGCGAAGGGAGUCGCUCCCUCUGCCGGCAGCAGUAGUGAGACUGUUACCCUCCGGGGAGGCUGGGGCUGGUGAAGGCAGGAGCCAAGUCUUGGGAGCGGAGAAGGGGCGAUAG